CCUAAUUGAAGGUGUGAGGAUGCGAGGUGCGGUGCUGAGCGUGCUUUGCGCGCUGAGCGCGGUGCUGCUGGGGCCGGGAGCAGCUGCAGCGGGAGCAGGAGCAUGCCCCUGGGCUUGUGCGUGUCGGCCCGGCGCGCUUGACUGCGCUCAUCGCGGUCUUCUGCACGCGCCUAGACGACUGCCCGGCGACGCGCAUCGAUUAGAUCUGCAAGGCAACAAUUUGACGAUUAUAUUCCAAAGCGACUUUCAAAAUCUGAACGAACUGAAGAUAUUACAGUUGUCGGAAAACCAGAUACAUACGAUCGAAAGAGACGCAUUUCUAGCCCUGAGUUCACUGGAAAGAUUGAAACUGAACAAUAACAGAAUAGGUCAUUUACCGGACGGCAUUUUCGUGAGAUUGAAACACCUACAACGUUUGGACUUAAGCAGGAAUGAGCUGACAGCGAUCAGUAGACGGACCUUCAGAGGUCUGACGUCACUCAAGAGUCUACAUCUAGACGGAAACCACCUCAAGUGUAUAGAUGACAAGGCGUUGGAACAUAUGAAGAGUUUGGAAGUACUCACACUGAAUAGCAACAACCUCACAUAUUUAUCACUGGAGCCAGCAUCAGUCGCGCGACUGCACACGUUACGACUCACCGAUAACCCGGUCGUGUGCGACUGUCGCGUCGCCCGUCUACUGGUCGCGUUACGAGCGUCGGCGUUCGUAGGAGUUGGAGCCAGAUGCCAAGCCCCCGCGACCCUCAGAGGAGCGCUACUCACAGAUUUAGAAGACAGUGAUUUGAUAUGCAAUGGUCCGAUAGCGGUGACAUCGGAGUGUUCCGCGGAGCCGCGCUGCCCUCCGCCCUGUCGCUGCACGGCGGAGGGCACCCUCGACUGCAGGGAGAAGCUGCUCGCCGAACUGCCCGCCUCAAUACCACAUCGUACUGUUGAAAUACGUCUAGAACAGAAUGAGAUAACAGAAGUGGGAGCGGGUGCUUUCGUCGCUAUCAAAGUGGUGGCCCGCAUCGACCUCUCAAACAAUAAGAUUGUGAAAAUCGCAGCAGACGCCUUCAAUGGACUCACCAGACUUACUUCCUUAGUACUGUACGGAAAUAAAAUAAAAGAUCUGCCAGCGGGUAUAUUCCACGGACUGUCAUCUUUACAGCUACUAUUGCUGAAUUCUAAUGAGAUUUCGUGCAUAAGAAAGGAUACUUUUAGAGAUCUUCAGAGUUUGAAAUUAUUAUCUCUGUAUGAUAACAAUAUUAGGUCCAUACCUAAUGGUACUUUUGAUUCACUCACUGGAAUACAGACUUUGCAUUUAGGUCGUAAUCCGUUCACCUGUGACUGUUCGUUACGGUGGCUGGCUGCGUACCUUCGUAAGAACCCUAUAGAAACAUCUGGAGCCAAAUGCGACUCACCCAAACGACUUGCCCGCAAGAGAAUAGACGCGUUACGAGAUGAAAACUUUAAAUGCAAACCUGGGGAGGAGACAGAAGGUGAUAGAGGUUCGUGUGGCGCCACUGGCGCGUGCCCCGCCGCGUGCGCGUGCGAGUGGGAUGCAAGAGGGGUGCGCGUCGCGUGUGCUAGAGCUGGACAGAAUGAUGUUCCACGGGACUUACCUAUGGCCACGCACGCACUAUUGAUGUCAGACAACAACCUAAGACAGAUCAAGUCAGAUGGUCUCUUCGGAAGACUACCGGAUCUUAAUAAACUGGACUUCCGUAACAAUGGUAUAACAGAGAUAGAAGACAACGCGUUUGACGGCGCUGCCAACAUGCAGGAGUUGUUGUUAGACGGCAACCAUUUAGCAACCGUUACUGACAAGAUGUUCUUUGGUUUACACAGUCUCGUUACAUUGUCCUUAGCUGAUAACAAAAUUAAAUGCAUCACACCUGGAGCUUUUGAUCAUCUCAACUUGUUGAAAACUCUCACACUCUCCGGCAACCCGAUCCACUGCAGCUGCCACGUGGGCUGGCUGGCGGGCUGGCUGCGCACGCGCCGGCUGGCACCCGGCGCCGCAUGCGCCUCGCCCGCCAACCUGCGCGGUGCAAAUAUACCACAUCUUGAACUCACUGACUUUAAAUGCACAGCUGAAGACAAGGGUUGCCUGUCAGCGGAGUACUGCCCGGCGGCGUGCGCGUGCGCCGGCACAGUGGUGCGCUGCGCACGCGCACAGCUCACUGCCCUACCUCACAAUAUACCCAGACAGACCACUGAACUGUACUUGGAAUCAAAUGAGAUCACAAGCCUGGAGCCGGAACAAAUCCGUCAUCUCACUCAGCUGACGCGUCUCGAUCUCUCCAACAACAAGAUCGAUGUACUCCAUAACAAUACAUUCGACGGCCUCACCAAGUUAUCUACAUUGAUCGUCAGUUACAACAGACUUAGAUGUGUACAGAGGGACGCCCUCAAAGGGCUGACGCAGCUCCGAGUGUUAUCGCUGCAUGGAAAUAACAUCUCCAUGUUGGCUGAUGGCGUCUUCAGGGACCUGGAGUCCAUCUCUCAUGUUGCACUGGGCUCGAACCCGCUAUACUGCGACUGCCACGCGCGCUGGCUGUCGGAGUGGGUGAAGAGCGCGGGCGAGUACGUGGAGGCGGGCAUCGCAAAGUGCUCGGAGCCGGCGCGCAUGCGCGACAAGCUCGUACUGAGCACUGCAUCCAGCGCCUUCGUCUGUACAGAGAAGGUACCCAGUGAAGUAGUAUCGAAGUGCGAUCGUUGCGUGAGGUCUCCGUGCGCCAAUGGCGGCACUUGUAGCGCGACACGCGGCGGGUUCUCAUGCGCGUGCGCACGCGGUUUCCACGGCGAGACGUGCCAGCAGCGGAUCGACGCUUGUUACGGCGCCCCCUGUCGUCAUGGAACAUGUACUUUAUUGGAGGAAGGGCGGUUCCAUUGUUCAUGUGAGGCGGGGUACACUGGUGUACGUUGUGAGGUGGACAUCGACGACUGCGCGGGCCACAAGUGUCAGAACAACGCGACCUGCCUCGACCAUCUGGAAGGGUACACCUGUAAAUGUGCACCUGGUUACAUGGGUGAGUACUGCGAGACUAAGAUCCCGUUCUGCAGCGCUGAGUUCAAUCCGUGUGAGAACGGUGCGAUCUGCACAGACCACGGCAGCCAUUACACAUGCAGUUGUCCGCGAGGUUACGCCGGCAUCAACUGCACUAUCAACCCAGACGACUGCCUCGACCAUAUGUGUCAGAACGGUGCGACAUGUAUCGACGGUUUGGAGGAGUACCGAUGCGCGUGCGCAGCCGGGUACGCGGGGCGCUACUGCGAGGCUGCGCCGCACGCCGCGCUCGGCACCUCGCCCUGCGCACACCACGACUGUGUGCACGGCGUCUGCUACCUGCCCGCGCCUGCGCCCGCACAACCCGCCGGCACCGCGCUACAGGAUGAUAUAAUGAUGGAGCGGCCGCUACUUGGAGCUACCAAUGACUACCUCUGCAAGUGCGCACCAGGAUACUCAGGUCGUCUCUGCGAGUACCUCACCUCCCUUACGUUCAACCACAACGACUCUCUGGUGGAACUGGAACCAUUGAGGACAUCACCACAGGCUAAUGUCACUCUUGUGUUCAGCACGACUCAGCAUCAUGGCGUAUUACUUUACUUCGGAGACAGCGAGCAUCUUGCUGUGGAGCUGUUCAAUGGUAGAAUCCGGAUCAGCUACGACGUCGGCAAUCAUCCUACAUCUACUAUGUACAGUUUCGAGAUGGUCUCUGAUGGGUCUUAUCACAAGGCUGAGCUGCUCGCUGUCAAGAAGAAUUUCACUUUAAAAGUAGACGAUGGGCCUGCCAGGUCUAUUAUCAAUGAAGGUACCAAGGAGUAUUUGCGUCUGGACAGGCCGAUGUUCCUCGGCGGAGUACCUGAAGAUGUCGCUAAAGAUGCCUUCAGUAAAUGGCAUCUCAGGAACAUCACUAGUUUUAAAGGUUGUCUGAAGGAGGCGUGGAUCAACCACAAGAGGGUUGACUUCGUGAAUGCAGCGCGCACGCAGCGCACGCUGGCGGGCUGUGGGGGGGAUGAGCCUCCUCCAGCACCUCCAUCACAUGCCCUGCAAGAGGACGGCGCACACAAACCGGACCCUUGCGUACCGAAUCCUUGUGCCCGUGGAGGGCGCUGCGUACGCGAGGAGGGUUCAGCCUCUGACUACACGUGCAAAUGUCGCGCAGGCACCGCGGGUGCGCAGUGUGAACUGCGCACUGGCAUUGGUGGUGCACCAAGCAUUGGUCUGAACAAGCCGCCAACUCGCAAAAUGAUCAGCAACGUGCAAGCUUCUCCAGCUUCUCCGGCCCACAAGCAGUUAUCCAAUGAGCAGUCGCAGGCGCAGACUUCGCCCGCACCCGGCGGCUGUCGGAAGGAGGCGACUCGGGAUACAGUGAGUGAGGGUAGUUGCCGCAGUCGGCGCGCAGUGAGGGGCGCUCGCUGCGCCGCCCGACCCGACUCCCGCGCUUGCGGCAAGGGACAAUGUUGCCAACCUAAACGCACUAAGAAAAGAAAGAUUCGUCUCGUCUGCGACGAUGGCACACGGUACACCAAAGAAAUAGAAAUAGUACGUAAGUGCGCUUGUGGGAAGAAGUGCGGCAGGACCUCGCCUUUCUUGCUCUAGACAGGACCUAGAACAGUCGUGGUCCUACACUCAGACCUAUUAUGGUCCUAACAUUGGUACUCAACAUAACCCCGUCAUAGUUACUCUUAUAACCUUAAAGUUAUAGCAGAUUUCGCUUAAUGUUCAUAGAAAUAGUAAAUAUCAACGAAAAUAUUGAUAGACAAUAAAUUUUUAAUGUUGACUUCAUCUGUAAAUUGUCACAUUCACGAAAUUCAUAAUAAAAAAAAUCAAAAUGGCGGAUUAAUUU